UCCGGCUCAACUUCCUGUUUUUUCCGGUGAGACGAAUAAUAUUUAUCCAAACGGAAUUAAAAAAAUAUAUAAUAUUCAUCGGUCGACUUCAUAUGUUUCCGUCACAGCGUAGUUUCGACGGAAUUUGUCUGACUUGGUGAACACCCAGUUGGACUGACAAGGAAUCAUGGGUGGGAUAAAACAGGAGCAGAAUGAUGCUCCGCAGCAGCCUAAAGCUUCACAGUCAACAGAGCACCCUCAAGAGGAGCCCAAGAAGAGAGGAUGGCCAAAGGGCAAGAAAAGAAAGAAGGUGCUUCCAAAUGGCCCAAAGGCACCAGUCACCGGCUAUGUCCGCUUCUUGAAUGAGCGACGCGAAGUUAUGAGGGCCCGAUAUCCUGACCUGCCUUUCCCAGAAAUUACCAAGCGACUUGGAGCAGAAUGGACGCGGUUAGCACCAAAUGACAAACAGCGGUACCUGGAUGAGGCGGAGCGUGAGAAGAUGCAGUAUGCUCAGGAGCUGAAGGAAUAUCAUCAGACUGAGGCGUAUCAGAUCACCAGCGCCAAGAUACAAGACAAGAGGAUUAAGAAAGAGGACAGUCCAUCUGUAAUCAUCAGUGCAAGUUCAGGAUUGCCAAAGGCGUCUGAGCUCCCAAGCAGGUUUGACAUCCCAAUCUUCACAGAGGAGUUCCUUGAUCAGAACAAAGCUCGAGAGGCGGAGCUGCGUCGACUUCGCAAGGCCAAUAUUGAGUUUGAGGAGCAGAAUGCGGUGCUGCAGAGGCACAUCAAGGACAUGUGCACCGCCAAAGAGCGCUUGGAGGCUGAAUUGGGGCAGGACGAGAAGCGCACGCAGGUUCUUCAUCAGCACUUGCUGGCCAUUAAACACACUCUGGUCAACAGUCUGUCUGCAGUUCCGCUACCAGGCACAGGUGAGACGGCAUCACUCGGAAAUCUGGACUCGUAUCUCAGUCGUCUCAGCGGAGUGCUGGAAGGCAACCCUCACAAGCACCGGGCUUUGCUCACGCAGCUUUGCGACAUCCUCUCUCAUGUGGACAGUGAGAAGCUAUAGGAGGGCAACCCCAGCCCCCCACCCCGAGUCAUUCCUGCACCAGGCGCACAAAUGUAAUGCACGGCAUUGUUGGGUCAAAUUGGCACCUUUUGAGGAUGUGGACAUCUGAAGGAAAGAAAGGGCGGUGCAUUCAGUCAAAAUUAUGUGACUUCAUGAUGUGUGCACACAACAUUUCCACGUUUAUGUUCCGUCUGCUUACUUCCUGAACAUGCAUUAAGCCGACAGUGGGGCUAUAAUUAAGUUUACAAGUAAUGCCGCUUGGCAUUGGUGGAUGGGAUAAUGUGUACGCAGAGUUAUUUAGCUGUAGAUAAAUACACAUUCAAUGCUGAGGAAUUUGCUUUUGACCUAACAUGGAUAAUGGAAUUUUACUGUCAUGUCAUUUUAUAUUUGUGAAAGUGUCUUUGUACUUUUAUUUCCCAAAUGCUGAUUGAACCAUGCUGGAAAUAUUUCCACCAGAAGGUAAAACCGAGUUUGUGUUUUUGUUCUUGUGAAACAAUUAGAAACAACUAUUCAUGUUAAUUCCAAAACAACAUACACUCAAUGUACUACAGAGAUCCAGUGAAUGCUCUAUAUGAAAAUGGCUGCCUUUCCAUAGAUAAUGAUAAUAAUGCUAAGAGUUGAUUGGUAUUAUUGUAUUUGAUUAGCUCUUAAAUGGGAUCUAAUUCAUUUGUGCAUGUGUUCCUGGUGUAGCCAGUACAUAAACAAGUUAUCCACAAUGUCUUAAAUACAAUUUCUGGCAAAAAUUAUGGAAUCGCCAGUCUCGCGGGAUGUUCAUUCAGUUGUUGGAAAAAAAAAGCAGAUCACAGACACAACACAAAACUAAAGUUAUUUCAAAUGGCAACUUUCUAGCUUUAAGAAACACUAAAAGAAAGCAAGAAAAAAAAUAAAGCAUUGGUAGUCUGCAACAUUUAUUUUUUUAGACCAAGUAGAGGGGAAAAAAUUAUGGAAUCACUCAAUUCUGAGGAAAAAAUUGUGGAAUCAUGAAAAAAGAACACUUCAUCACACCACUAGUACUUUGUUGCACCACCUACUGGCUUUUAUAACAGCUUGCAGUCUGAGGCAUGACUCAAAUGAGUGAGAAACAGUACUCUUAGUCAAUCUGGCUCCAACUUUCUCUGAUUGCUGUUGCCACAUCAGCUUUGCAGUUUGGAGCCUUCUCAUGGACCAUUUUCUUCGACAUUCACCACAGAUUUUCAGUUGGAUUGAGAUCUGGGCAAUUUGCAGGCCAUGACAUUGACCAUGUGUGUCUUUUUUUGCUCUAUGGCACGGUGCAUUAUCAUCUUGGAAAAAUGAUUAUAUCAUCUCCAAACAUCCUUGAAAUUGACGGGAUAAGAAAAGUGUCCAAAAUGUCUACGUAACCUUGUGCAUUUAUUGAAGAUGUAAUGACAGCCAUCUCCCCAGUGCCUUUACCUGACAUGCAGCCCCAUAUCAUCAAUGACUGUGGAAAUGUGCAUGUUUUCUUCAGGCAGUCGUCUUCAUAAAUCUCAUUGGAAUGGCACCAAACAAAAGUUGCAGCAUCAUCACCUUGCCCAAUGCAGAUUGACGUUUCAUUACUAAUAUGACUUUCAUCCAGUCAUCCACAGUCCACCACAUUGUUUUUUUCUGUUCAGGUGUUACUGGUGUCUUUCAAUUAACUUUUCUGUGCUUUCUUACAGUUCGGUCACAGACGUUGACUCCUGUUUCAUCCCAUUUGUUCCUCAUUUGUUUUCCUGUGCAUUUUCUGUUUUCAAGACAUACUGCUUUAAAGUUUUCAUGCUUUGAUGUCUUCCUUGAUCUACCAGUGUGCUUGCCUCAAACCACCUUCCAAUGUUGUUUGUACUUGGUCCAGAUUUUAGAAACAGCUGACUGUGAACAACCGACAUCUUUUGCAACAUUGCAUGAUGAUUUACCUUCUUUAAGAAGUUUGAUAAUCCAUUUCAAGUGACAUCUCUCAUGUUGGAGCCAUGAUUCAUGUCAGUCCACGUGGAGCAACAGCUCUCUGAGGUGUGAUCACUCCUUUUUAACUGUAGACUAACCAGCAGAUCUUAUCUGAUGCAGGUGUUAGAUUUGGGAAUUACAAUUUACAUGGUGAAUCCAUAAUAUUUUCCUCAGAACUGAGUGAUUCCAUAAUUUUUCCCUCUACUUGGUUUCAAAAAGUAACUGUUACUAUCACUUUUUUUUAUUAAUUUCUUUUAGUGUUUCUUAAAGCCAGAAAGUUGCCAUUUGAAACGACUUUAAUUUUGUGCCAUGUGUGUGAUCUGCUUUUUUUUCUACAAAAUAAAAUAACUGAAUGAACAUUCUCCGAGACUGGUGAUGUCAUCAUUUUUGCCAGGGAAAAUCCAGUCAUUCAAAUUUAAGGCCUUAAAAUGUCUAAAAUUCUCUUAAAAUUGUAUUAAAUGUCUUAAAUGCGACAUUUAAAAGGUCUUUAAAAUGUAUUGACAUUACUGUACUUGUAUUUAAAACAAAUUUUAAACUUUAGUCUUGCUAUAACAACGUUAUAGCAUACAUUGUAACUGAGCUUCCUUCAUGUCUUUUGUGCUUUUUUGGCAGUAUGGAUCUGAAAUGGGUUUUAAAUUAUAUUCAUUAUGGCCUUAAAAAAUGUCUUUAAAAGUCUUACAUUUGACUUGUUGGAACCUGCAGAAACCCGGUAAAAUAAGUAAAUUAAUUAGUAGGUCAUUGAUCAGUUAUAAGUCAUGAAAUCUUUCAACAGAUGGCACUAUUGGCCUACAUGGGACAUACAGUUUUCAACUGUUUAAACAACAACAUUUCGCUUUUUUGUUAUUUGCUAAAGCAAAGCAGUUCAAUGCAACCAGUUAAUUUGCAUUAAUACUUGUUCAGAUAAUAUUUUGAUUUGCUUUUACAAGUGAUCCAGCUGCAGGACCGGAACACCAUCAUUGCUGUGAUAAACAAUUGGAAAAAUGAAUAGAAUCAAUAUAAUCGUUAUACAUAUAGCUAUGCUCAAAGGCUUUUAUAAAAGAGAGAGGGACACAUGUUGCAUUUAUAAGCUAUUUCUGACACACAUUCAGACAUACAAAAUGCUGUAUUGCAGUUCUUAUGGCAUACAAUUCAGGUGUAAA